AUGUGGCUAAAGGUGGAGAGUUUUGUGGAUAAGGUUCGGCUUUGGUGGAAUGGUUGUCACUUUGUGGGGCCUCUUAGUUAUGUUCUAGCUUGUAAGUUGAAGGCCUUGAAAGGGGAUUUGAAACAUUGGAACAAGUAUGUUUUUGGAGAAGUAGCUUUUAUAAAAAAGAGUCUACUAACUAAGCUUUUAGACAUUGACAUGAGAGAUGAGAUGCAGGUGUUGACUCAAAAGGAUAGGGCUAGAAGAUUGGUGGUUAAAUCUGAUAUAGAUUAUUUGGCUUCUUUGGAAGAGAUUUCUUGGAGGCAGAUGUCCAAGGCCCUUUUUAUUAAAGAAGGUGAUAACAACACGCGAUUCUUUCAUAGAAUUGCCAAUUCUCAUAGGAACCAGAAGCUUUGGAGGCCUACUAUUGACAGGUUAGAGUUCACUUGUUUAGACGAAAUUGAGAGGUCUAUGUUGGAGAGGAAGUUUGAGGAGGAGAUUAUUGAGGCUCUCAUGGAGGCGGAAGAUAGUAGGUUGAAGAGUGGCAAUCCAGGUGUUAUAGUUAAAUUGGACAUUGAGAAGACUUAUGAUCAUGUGAAUUGGAAUGCCAUAUUUUACCUUAUGGAAAUGAUGGGAUUUGGGGCGAGGUGGAGUGGAUUGAUUAAGGCGUGUAUUUCUACAGUUAAAUUCUCAGUUUUGGUCAAUGGGGCUCCUGUUGGUUUUUUUGGUAGUUCUUGUGGCCUUUGCCAAGGGGAUCCUUUGUCUCCUCUAUUAUUCCUAUUAGUUAUGGAAGUUCUGAGUAGAUUGCUAAAGAGAACGGAAAAUGGUGGUUUUCUUUGUGGUUUUCAAGCGGGGUCCCAUAGACAAGGGUGUGUGCAUAUCUCUCAUCUUCUUUUUGCUGAAGGCACUAUUUUGUUUUGUGAUGCUUCUAGGGAACAGUUAUUAUACAUUCAGAUGGUGUUGAUCUUCUUUGAAGCUAUUACGGGCCUGAAAGUUAAUGAAGGUAAGAGUGAGAUUGUUCCUGUUGGUGAUGUUGGGAAUUUGAAUGCUUUGGCCCGUGCGUACCCUAUGUUGCAAGGUGGGCACAUUGCCUAUGAGAUAUCUGGGCAGGCCUCUCGGGGCCCAUUAUAA